AUGGCUAUCAUUGGCAAGCCAAUUUUUUACUCCCAAGGUCAAGUGGUACAUGAUGGAAAGUAUGGAAUCUUUCCAUUUGUUUAUGAGACAAUUGCAAAGAAAAAAAGCAAGAAUAGAGAAGCUGGAGCUGUGGAAAUUAAGGCAACACAAUAUGUAAACAAGGAAGCAAUAAGGGAAAUGCUGCUUCACAAUGUGAUUCCAGCAAUCAAAAGUAAAUGGCCAUCAGAUCUGUCCAAGGACAUUUUGAUUCAGUGGGAUAAUGCUCGAUCUCAUCAAAGCAUCCAGUACCAAUCAUUCCCUAAGAACUUGGGGGAACUCAUUGAGAAAGUGAAAGAGGCUUAUGACUCUUUUAAUCCAAUACUAAACAAGCACACAUGGAUAACACUACAAUGCUGCAUGGAAGAGAUACUGAAGCAUUUGGGUGGCAACAAUUUCUCCCCACCACACAAAGGGAAGAAAAGGCUGGAAAGACUAGGCCUGCUGCCUGAACAACAAGAGGUGGAGGGGGCUGUGGUUGAACAAGCUGUUGAACAUUUGAACACUUUAUUCAUACAAACAGGGGAAGUCAAUGAAGAAGAUGAAGGCAUGCAAGUUGAUGCAGAUUGA